AUUUUAACUUAUGUGAUAUCUACUCGCUCCGGAGGCGGAGAACGCUACACUCGAACCCAAAAACGCCCACCAGCCUCACUACUCACUAGUCACUACAGUCUCUUUCUUUCUCCAUCUUCUUCCCCUUCUCUUGUCCCUCUGGUAAUGUAAACCCCAUAAAGCAAACAAAUUUUCAGCUAUUUUCCCUUUUCAGAGAGUACAACACUCACACCAAAAGGUGAAUUCAUGGCUUCUUCCAGCUUUCCUGCUUUUUCUUUUAUCUGCAUUACUACUUGGCUUCUGGUGGGCUUCUGCUCUGCUGAGGAUCCCUUUGCUAACUUUGAUUUUGUAGUCUCUUACAUUACUGCUUCUCCUCUUGGUGUCCCUCAGCAGGUUAUUGCUGUGAAUGGCAAGUUUCCAGGGCCUACCAUUAACGUUACUACUAACGACAAUGUUGUUGUCAAUGUGAAGAACAAGUUAGAUGAAGAUCUUCUUAUGCAUUGGUCUGGUAUAUUUAUGAGGAAGAGCUCAUGGCAAGAUGGGGUGCUUGGGACUAAUUGUCCCAUACCUCCAAAGUGGAACUGGACUUACCAGUUUCAGGUUAAGGACCAGAUUGGUAGCUUCUUUUACUUCCCUUCCAUAAACUUUCAGAGAGCCUCUGGUGGCUUUGGAAGCUUUAUCAUCAAUAACAGGGAAAUUAUUCCAAUUCCUUUUGAUACGCCUCAUGGUGAUAUUACAAUUGUGAUCGGUGAUUGGUACAUUCGAAACCACACGGCUCUAAGGAGAGAUCUUAAUUCUGGAAAAGAUCUUGGGAUUCCUGAUGGCGUAUUGAUUAAUGGAAAAGGACCUUAUAGAUACAAUGAUUCUCUCGUCCCUGAUGGCAUUGACUAUGAAAAAAUUGAAGUCCAUCCAGGAAAAACCUAUAGAAUUCGUGUAAGCAAUGUUGGAAUAUCAACUAGUUUGAACUUCAGAAUUCAAAAUCAUAACCUACUUCUAGCUGAAACAGAGGGAUCAUAUACAGUGCAGCAGAAUUAUUCUAGCUUAGACAUUCAUGUUGGACAAUCAUACUCUUUUUUAGUAACCAUGGAUCAGAAUGCAAGUAGCGAUUACUACAUAGUCGCAAGUGCGAGGAUGGUGAAUGAAUCACAAUGGCAAAAAGUCACAGGUGUUGGAAUCCUGCACUAUACAAAUUCGAAAGGAAAGGCAUCUGGUCCUCUUCCAGACCCACCGCAAGAUCAGUUUGACAAAACCUUCUCGAUGAACCAGGCUAGAUCUAUCAGGUGGAAUGUGACUGCUAGUGGUGCUCGCCCGAACCCUCAAGGUUCCUUCAGAUAUGGUUCAAUUAAUGUGACCGAAGUAUAUGUACUAAAAAAUAAACCACCAGUAACUGUAAACGGCAAACAACGAGCAACACUCAGUGGGGUUUCAUUUGUUAAUCCUGCGACUCCCAUCAGGCUUGCUGACCAAUAUAAAGUAAAGGGUGUCUACAAACUUGAUUUUCCAACCAGGCCACUCACAGGAUCCCCUAGGAUGGAAACUUCAAUUAUCAAUGGCACUUAUAGGGGGUUUAUGGAGGUGAUACUGCAGAACAAUGAUACCAAGAUGCAUACAUAUCACAUGAGUGGCUAUAACUUUUUUGUGGUUGGAAUGGAUUUUGGUGAGUGGACUGAGAAUAGCAGAGGAACAUACAACAAGUGGGAUGGCAUUGCUCGCGUUACAACUCAGGUGUUCCCUGGGGCUUGGACAGCUGUUCUGGUCUCCCUUGAUAAUGUUGGAGUUUGGAACCUUAGAACAGAGAACCUUGACUCAUGGUAUCUUGGCCAAGAGACAUAUGUCCGAGUUGUUAAUCCAGAGGCAACGAACAAAACAGAGUUGCCUAUCCCAGAUAAUGCUCUGUUUUGUGGUGCUCUAGGCAAAUUGCAAAAGCCACAAGAUAUAUCUUUGGCUACAUCGAUCAUGGUCAAUCGGUCAGAGCUAUGUUUUACUCUGCUGCUAAUGAUUUCAAUGUUAAUCACCAUAUUCCAAUAGAAGUGGUUAUUUCUGCUGCAUGCGGGAGCCUGGCUUUGCUUAGUGAGGUUUGUGUUGUCAGAUUAGGUGUGUAAUUGUAGUUUUGUUUAUAUGAAAUUUCAUAUUUUGACAUGUAAUUUCUUUGCUUUCCGGUUGUAUUAAAUGCUCCCGGGAUCCUUGUUAAUUUAUUGGAAUUAUCAUUCUUUUAAUAUUUGUGAUUUAUGCAAUGUUUACAGUUAAUCAAGUUGUAAUACAA